AUGGGGGGUGUUGAGGUCAUCCUGCCUUUCCUCAGGGGACACCUCUUGCUCCAUGCUGCCAAGCAGAUCAUCAAGCCACAGCCCCCUCUGCAUUUCGGGCCGGUGUGUAGCAGCUGCCAGCACAGCGCAAACAACUCCCCAUCCCCACUCUGUCCCCCAGGUGUGCAAGGCCCCAAAGGUGACAAAGGCGAAAUAGGAGUCCGAGGGCAGGAAGGGCCGAGAGGAUUUCCCGGACACCCAGGGCAGAAGGGGGAGAAGGGCGAAGGCACCUUUGUCUACCGCUCUGCCUUCAGCGUGGGGCUGACAGAGCGAGCCCCCCACCCCAACGUCCCCAUCCGCUUCAGCAAGAUCUUCUACAACGAGCAGAGCCACUAUGACGCCAGCACCGGCAAGUUCCUCUGCAGCGUCCCUGGCACGUACUACUUCGCCUACCACCUGACAGUCUACCUGGUGGAUGUCAAGGUCAGCCUCUACAAGAAGGAUAAGGCAGUGAUCUUCACCUACGACCAGUUCCAGAACAACAACGUUGACCAAGCGAGCGGCUCUGUCUUGCUGCACCUCAGCACUGGGGAUGAGGUCUGGCUUCAGGUGUACGGGGAGGGGGACAACAACGGCAUCUAUGCUGACAACAUCAACGAUUCCACUUUCAUGGGCUUCCUCCUGUACCCAGACCUGGAUGUCCAUUAA